AUGCUGUCCAUCAACGGAGCCUCGUAUGACCUCAAGGAGGCCGACCCGGCCCAGAGCCUCGUCUCCUUCAUCAGGCAGCAGGCGGGAGACCAGAGCGUGCAGCUGGCAUGUGGCAGCGGCGCCUGUGGGGCAUGCACCGUCGCUGCAAUAGAGCCCGAUGGCAGAGGCAUUCGGACCAUCAACUCGUGCCUGGCGCCGGUGGGUUCCCUGGCGGGGUGCUCCAUCGUCACCUCUGGCGGCAUGGGCUCCUCCCGAGCUGGCUUCCAUCCAGUGCAAGAGCGCAUGGGCGCCUUCCACGCCUCCCAGUGCGGCUUCUGCACGCCUGGGUUUGUGGCGGCGCUGGGCGCCGCGCUGCAUGAGGCGCAGACGGCGGGGCGCGAGCCAGACGCAGCUGAGCUGGCUCGCCGAGUCGACGGCAACCUGUGCAGGUGCACCGGCUUUCGCCCAAUCAUGGAUGUUUGCAAGAGCUUUGCCAAGGGAGUUGACAUCGAGGACCUGGGACUGCACACGCCGCUGAGCGGCGAAGCAGCAGCGCCGUGGAGCGCUGGCGGGGGCCGGCUGCUUCUGGCAGCCGCUACGGCCAGCAGCAGCCAGGGCAGCCAGGCUGCCUGCAACGGCGCGGGGCCUGGCUGCAACGGCGGCAGCGCAGAGGCGCUGCGCCUGGAGGGCGGGGGCAGGGUCUGGGUGGCGCCCGACAACCUGCAGCAGCUGCUGGAUGCCUGCGCCGCAGCCCCAGCCACGGGCGCGCCGCCGCGCUUCCUGGGAGGCAACACUGGCGCAGGGCUGUUCUGCGAGCUGUGGCCCGCCUCAGAUGGCCUGGUGGUCACUCUGGGACACGUGAAGGAGAUGCGUGAGGUGGCAGUCGCAGAGGGGCACCUGCUGGUGGGCGCCGCGGUGACGAUCGCUGAGCUGGCGGCCGCGCUUUCCUCCCACGCCGCCAAGCUGCCCGGCGGACAGCCCUUUGCCUCCCUGGCCGCCAUGCUGGCUCGCAUCGCCGGCUCCCAUGUGCGCCAGGCGGGCACCGUGGGCGGCAACCUGGCGCUGGCGAGGAGCAAGGGGCUGGAGUCGGACCUGGCAACCGCGCUCAUGGGCUGGGGCGCCACAGGCAAGCCGUUGAUCCUGCUUGACGUGACCGCCCCCGCCAGCGCCAACGGCGGCGGCAACGGCAGCAGCAACGGCGGCGGCGGUGGCGGCAUGGUGUUUGCCGAGGCGCGGCUGGAGCGCUUCCUGGGCGGCGAGCGCGGGCUGGGCGAGGGCCAGCUGCUGGUGGCGUUGCACCUGCCGCUGCCGCAGCCCGGCGACUACUUCUGGUGUCACAAGCUGGCCGAGGCGCACAGCUCCGUGCAUUCGACGCUGAAUGCGGCGGUGAAGCUGGGCGGCGGCAGCGCCCGCGCCGUGUUUGGUUUCUACAGCUCCUCAGGCUGGGUGACUCGCAGGGCCGCCGCCACCGAGGCUGCCCUGGCGGGCAAGGAGCUCAGUUCGGGCACGCUGGCGGCCGCGUUGCUGGCGGUGGUGGAUGACGUGGCGCCAGCUAGGCGCCCCGAGUAUGCCAGCAUGGCGCAGGGCCUGCUGCUGCAGGCCCUGGCCCCGGCCGUGAAGCAGCACUAUGCCGGCGCCGGCGGGUGCCCGGCCCACCUGGAGCGCCUGCUGGAGGUGCCGCCGGCCAAUGAGGUGCCGCCAGUGAUGCGCGGCAGGCAGACGUUUGAUCCCGCCCCCUCUGGCAUCGCGCCCCUGGGGGCUCCCCUGGGCAAGGACCGAGUGCUGCUGCAGGCCAGCGGGGAAGCUCAGUACACCGGAGACGUGCCAGCGCCGCCGGGCACCCUGGCUGCCGCCUGGGUCACCUCCGCACAGGCCUGCGCCCCUGUCCUGGGCAUUGACGCCAGCGCGGCCCUGCAGCUGCCGGGAGUGGUGGCGUUCAUCAGCGCUGCAGACCUGCCGCCAGAGCGCAACCGCCUGAGGCGGGCCUUUGCGCCGAAGCCGCUGCUGGCGGGGGAUCGAGUGGAGUAUCACUCCCAGCCCCUGGGCAUCGUGGUGGCACACACGCAGAACGCGCUGGCGCUUCCGGAUGAGGGCGGCAGCCUCAAGAUCUACAGUGCCUGCCAGGACAUUGACUGCGUCCAGAAGGCGGUGGCUCACAGCCUGGGCAUGCGCCAGCACGACGUGGAGGCGGUGUGCCGCCGCGCCGGCGGCGGCUUUGGCGGCAAGGCCAUGCGCAAUCUGCCGGUGGCGGUGGGCGCCGCCGUGGCGGCUGUCCGCACGGGGCGCCCCGUGCGGUUCGUGCAGGACAGGCGCACCGACAUGCGGCUGAAUGCGGGGCGCUGCGAGGUGAUGGCGGAGUACGAUGUGGGGUUCACUACAGAGGGGGUCAUCGAGGGGCUGCACAUCCGCGCCUUCCUGCUGCUGGGCGCCUACCCAGACAUCCCCUGCGAUGCCAUGGUGCUCAACUCGCUCAUGGGCAUGGCCUACGCCCUGCCCAACUUCUCCCUCACCAGCCGGCUGUGCCGCGGCAACCUGCCGCCCAUGACGGCGAUGCGCGCCCCGGGCGACGCACAGGCCGCCUUCAUCAUGGAGCAAAUCAUGGAGCACGUGGCGACGCAGUGCGGGCUGGCCGCCGCCGCCGUGCGUGAGCGCAACUUCGCGCGCCUGCCUGACCCGGCGCCGGAGCAGGCGCUGGCGCCAGCUGCGGCGGAGGGGGAGGAUGCCGAGGCCAAGCCUGUCGCCGACAAGGGGGAGGCACCUGUGGUGCGCCUGUCGCUUGGCAAGGAGAUUCCCGUUGGCGACUACACGCUGCCCCGCCUGUGGGAGCAGCUGAAGCGUUCCUGCGGCUACGAGGAGCGCAUGGCGGCUGCCCAGCGCUUCAACGCGGACAGCCCCUGGGUCAAGCGCGGCCUCGGCAUGACGCACACGCGCUUCGACUGCUACAUCGCCUCCAAGGCUGCCUACGUCAGCAUCUACCCAGACGGCUCGGUGGUGGUGUUUGCGGGCAGGUCGGAGCUGGGCCAGGGCCUGACAACCAAGGUCCUGCAGGUGGCGCUGAUGGAGCUCAGCACGCUACUGCCCGCCGCCAGCCGCCCGCUGCCCGUCAGCCUGGUGCGCAUGGGGGACCAGUCCAGCUACAUCCUGCCCUCCACCAACAUGACAGGCGGCAGCACCACCUCGGAGUCGGCAUGCAUCGCUGUGCGCCAGGCCUGCCAGCAGCUGGUGGAGCGCAUGCGCCCGUUUGCCGACAAGCUCGGCCCGCAGAGCACCUGGGCCGAGCUGAUGGCUGCGGUGGUGCCCCCGAGCGGCGGGUUCGGCGGGCCAAAGGUGCCGCUGACCGCCUACGGCCACGUUGGCGGCGACGUGCAGUACUGCGUGUUUGGGGCGGCCUGCUGCGAGGCGGAGCUCAACGUGUUGACGGGCGAGCGCCGUCUGCUGCGCUGCGACCUCGCCAUGGAUGUGGGGCGCUCCAUGAACCCAGCCAUCGACAUCGGACAGGCAAGCCCUUUGACCUGCUGCGGCCGCGCUGUGCUGCGCCGCGCAGCGCUGCGCUGCGCCGACAUGUCGGCACAGCUCAUGCAGCCCCGUCCUCCAGCGCAGCUCAUCGAGGGCGCUCUGAGCAUGGGCCUGGGUCAGGCGCUGUCCGAGGCGCGGCGCCAUGACCCCGCCACCGGCCGCCUGCUCACCGACUCGCUGUGGACCUACCACCCGCCCAUCGCCGCCAGCAUGCCGCAGGAGCUCAACGUCACCCUGCUGCCGGGCUCCUCCCUUGAGCGCAGCGUGCUCAGCGCCAAGGCGGUGGGCGAGCCGCCGCUGAUGCUGGCCACCUCGGCGCUGUCGGCGCUGCAGGCGGCGGCGCGGGAUGCCUGCGCUGAGCUGGCGGCGCUGGGCGCCAUCGAGGCGCCCGGAACCACGCCGCUCAUCCGCCUGCCCGCCACCCCGGAGAGCCUGGUGGCGGCCAUGGGCGGCGGCGCGCGCAACCUGGCGGCCGCGUUUGCAGGGUGA